UCCGGGUUGAGAGGCUGCGCUGGACCCGAGCUGUGGCUGCUGAGCCCGCGGGGCACCUCUUCCCUUCUCCGGUACCGCCUACCCUGCCUGUGCGGGCUUCGUCCAGUGCCAGUCCCUCGGAGCUGCCCCAGACAUCGUCUCCCGCUCUCAGCCGCCCCCUGACUCCCAGGCCCCCCUCUCCGCCGCCCCUGGCGCCAUGGCGUGCAGCCUCAAGGACGAGCUGCUGUGCUCCAUCUGCCUGAGCAUCUACCAGGACCCGGUGAGCCUGGGCUGCGAGCACUACUUCUGCCGCCGCUGCAUCACCGAGCACUGGGUGCGGCAGGAGGCGCAGGGCGCCCGUGAUUGCCCCGAGUGCCGGCGCACGUUCGCCGAGCCCGCGCUCGCGCCCAGCCUCAAGCUGGCCAACAUCGUGGAGCGCUACAGCGCCUUCCCGCUGGACGCCAUCCUCAACGCGCGCCGAGCCGCGCGACCCUGCCAGGCACACGACAAGGUCAAGCUCUUCUGCCUCACGGACCGCGCGCUGCUCUGCUUCUUCUGCGACGAGCCUGCGCUGCACGAGCAGCAUCAGGUCACCGGCAUCGACGAUGCCUUCGAGGAGUUGCAGAGGGAGCUGAAGGAGCAGCUUCAGGGCCUUCAGGACAGCGAGCGGGAGCACACGGAGGCGCUACAGCUGCUCAAGCGACAGCUGGCGGAGACCAAGUCUUCCACCAAGAGCCUGCGGACCACCAUCGGCGAAGCCUUCGAGCGCCUGCACCGGCUGCUGCGUGAGAGGCAGAAGGCCAUGCUGGAGGAGCUAGAGGCAGACACAGCCCGCACUCUGACUGACAUCGAGCAGAAAGUCCAGCGCUACAGCCAGCAGCUACGCAAGGUGCAGGAGGGGGCGCAGAUCCUGCAGGAGCGGCUGGCCGAAACCGACCGCCACAUCUUCCUGGCUGGGGUGGCCUCCCUGUCCGAGCGACUCAAGGGGAAAAUCCAUGAGACCAACCUCACCUACGAAGACUUCCCAACCUCCAAGUAUACGGGCCCCCUGCAGUACACUAUCUGGAAGUCCCUUUUCCAGGACAUCCACCCAGUGCCAGCCGCGCUGACCCUGGACCCAGGCACUGCUCACCAGCGCCUGAUCCUGUCGGAUGACUGCACCAUUGUGGCCUACGGCAACCUGCACCCCCAGCCACUGCAGGACUCGCCCAAGCGCUUCGAUGUGGAGGUGUCGGUGCUGGGCUCUGAAGCGUUCAGUAGCGGUGUCCACUACUGGGAGGUGGUGGUGGCCGAGAAAACCCAGUGGGUGAUCGGGCUGGCGCAUGAAGCCGCGAGCCGCAAGGGCAGCAUCCAGAUCCAGCCCAGCCGCGGCUUCUACUGCAUCGUCAUGCACGACGGCAACCAGUACAGCGCCUGCACCGAGCCCUGGACGCGGCUCAACGUCCGGGACCGGCUCGACAAGGUGGGCGUCUUCCUGGACUACGACCAGGGCCUGCUCAUCUUCUACAACGCCGACGACAUGUCCUGGCUGUACACCUUCCGCGAGAAGUUCCCGGGCAAGCUAUGCUCCUAUUUCAGCCCUGGCCAGAGCCACGCCAACGGCAAGAACGUCCAGCCACUGCGGAUCAACACUGUCCGAAUCUAGUCCAGGCGCGGGGACCGCACUGCCACCAGCGAGAGCCCCGCGCAGGAGGUGGGAGACUGGGACGCUGGCCCAGGCUGGCCACCCUGAGGCCUCGGGCCAGUUGUUCACCCGGCAGCCUCCUUUUCCCUGUCUGUAAGAUGGAGUUUGUGCCCCUUGAAUCCUGAACUGUCUUCCAGUGUUGGUGUCCUGGAGCUAUGACCUUGGUGGGGAUACAGCUUUGGUUCAAGGAUGUGACAUGGCUUCUCCUCAGGGCAACCCCUGCCUGACCCUCAUCCCCAUCCUCUCAGGGGCAGGAUGAGGGUCUCCCUGUGUCUCUCUCCCGCCUAGCUGCCCUCAGGAAGUGUCACAUUUUGGCCAGUGGUGGGCGUCGGGAAGAUCCACAGAGCCCUCUCAUGCCCCCUGGCCUAAGACCUGCAUCUGCCUGAACUAGCAAUGGGCCCCUUUACUCUCGGCCCCAACCCACAGUGGACACAGGUGUAGCUGCUCCUAGAGCUGUCUGAGAACCACCCUCUCUAGCCACCCCAUCCCAAGAACUUUUCCCAUGAAUCUGCAAGUCAAUGGUGGUGCUGGGCCUGUGGAAGGCAGCCGGUAGUCAGGACCACGUAUUGUAGUCACUGUGCCACCACCUCCUGCCCACAGACCUAAGGACAGGAUGAGGGGACAUCUGAGGAUGGUGCAGAGCCCAUCGGCCUAAAGCCACCUGCAAAACAAUCUUAGUGGGUGAUCAAGGUCCCCAGAAGCUCUGGACAGGGGUCCAGCUGGCCCUCUCAGCCAGGCCUCAUGACCUCUCAGGGUAUGGGAAGGCUUCUGGGAACAGUUAUAAUUAGAACCGAAGUCCUGGGAGGAACUGUUGGCUGGGACCCUUGUCAGACUUGGCAUCCAUCUCAGUUAGGAUCUUGUUGCAGAAAGCAAGAGCUACAUUAGCUGACUUAAUUAGACAAGGAUUUAUUACCUGGUCCCCAGUGGCUUGCAAAAUCCUUAGAAGGGCUGGAAGAGCAGACUCUGCUGAAUUUCCAAGAACAGCUCCCAGCCACAAAUUCAUCAUGUCUGUUGUGACUGGGAAGGCUGCUCCCAUCUGCAGGAAGCCCUUGCAUCAAAGAUCUGACUGCGGAACUGUGCUCCCUCUGCCCCAUCCAUGGCAGCAGAUAGAUGUCCUGGGGCCUGCCUAUCUCCCACUUAACUCAGUGCCCAAAGCCAAAUCUCUACAAGUGACUCUGUUAGGGGAAACUUGAGUCAGAUCCAGAGCCUUGGCUAUGAUGGAGUCUGGGAAAUGUAAUUUUCACCUUUCCAGCAUCAAUCAUACAAAAAGGCCCAUGAGAAGGAAGGUAGAAUGGAUGUUUAACAAGCCUAUCUGCAUUUGUUAACACAGAAUCAACUGUGGAAAACUCAGGACAGAGUGGAGAAGCAUCAGAGUUUCGAGGUGUCCUGCCCCGUGCCCCGUCCCUGCUUAGAGGCGAGAACCCAAGGAGUGGACAGCAAGACUGAGCCAAAUAUCUCCCCUGUGGCUUUUCCUUCUAGUCAUGGGGCCUCUGAACACACCAUCCUGAAGGAGCAAGAAGGGCUGAACUUGGUGAUCUCAUUCACAACUGCUGCCCACCGGGGCCUCCCUGAGCAAGAAGAACCCUCAGUCCCCACCCUACCCCUUCAACUACCAGAAUUUGGACCACCCCAGCAGUAUUUUUAUUUAAAAUGUUUUCCAUUUUGUGAGUUAUGAUCACUUUGUAUUAAAUUAAAGGUACA